CCAUCCUGUUCGCCCGAACACGCCAGUUACAGGCCUCCUGCCUUCCACGUCGACGGCGGUCUCCUCUCGCCGCCGUCCUCUUCCUGCUCUUCCUUCUCUCCUAUGCUGGAGCCUGGCGGAGAGCGGAUCUGAGACCCAUUUGAAGUUGGAGCGCUUCCUUCUCUGACGAGGAUCUGCUUCUGGCAUUGUACACCGAAGUUUCAUCUUGUUCAUGUGAUGCCAUCUGUCUGAGUUAAAAGGGGAGUCAGAUCAAUAUGACAGAACCAUCAUCAUCGUAUUCAUUGUCCUCCAAAAAACGACCACGCUCUCCUAAUAAUAAUGAUGAACAUCCUCAAGGCAGAGAUCAAAUAUGCUCAAGCCUUGUUCUGAUGAUGCAGAGGACAAUCUUACAUUCAAUGAUACCAUGAUAGCCCUUCAAUUGAUGCGCACACAGUUUCCAAAGCUGGAAAAGGUUGUGGUGCAGCCAUUCAUUUUGCAGUCACAAUUGUAUAGCAGCGUGAAGGAUAGAACACAAGUUGACAGAGACUUGGAGUCAUUCAAGAAAGACAAAUUAUUACGUAUAUUCAAACUUAGUUCCGGGCAGGAUGAUCAUGCAAUCAUGUUCAUGGAUGAUUAUUUGAAACAGGUUGCUUUUGCUAUCAAGCGGUCAGGGGGCAAAGAUCAAGAUGGUAGUGAAGUGUUUAAAUGGUUUGAGAGAUAUGUUAUCCCUUCGAAACUGGAUGUUAGCAUAAAUCAAAUAGAGCUGUGUUCACUGUUAUCACGCGGUGGUGGUGUGACAGACAAACAUAUCACACUAUUGAUGAAUGCUGGUCUCUUAACUCGCCAACUUAUUGAUCCAAACAUUUACUGGUUUGCUAUUCCAAGAAUUGGCCCUAUACUGAAAGGCCUAUCCCAGGGUAGGAAGGAAAUUCUUUCGUUGUUGAACCGUAAAAAGUACAAGGAGAUGCUGCUCUCUUCGCUGGAGAAGACAAAGUUAAGAUUAUCGCCUCUUGAUACACGAUUCCUCCUCCGCGAUUUGAUUGGAUCCGGUCACAUAAAAACAGUUCAGACACCUACUGGUUUACUUGCUCGCAUAACAAGAGAUUGAUAAAGCCGUUUCUUGUAAUUAUGUUAAUUUUUCUUCCUUAUCUGAUCAGGCGCAAUUUACUGAUUCUGAUUUUGUUUUGCAUUCACCUGUUCUCAUUUCUCAACAUCUUUUAUUUGAGAGAACAAAUUUGCCUGAUCAUACAACAAAAGGAGGAAUCAGGAUCCACCUAUUGUUUUCA